AUGAUGGCGUGUUAUGAAAAGUUUGGUCCCGGGCCUUUUGGCGAAGGGCCUCGAUAUCUGCCCGAAACAGAUUUUUCAAACGAGGAACGCAACAAGGGCGGUUAUUUCGAUAAUGGCGAUCUUGAUGAAUAUUUAGGGAGGCUCGAGAAGGAAUUGUAUUAUUUUGACACGCAAGGGGGUCAUGAUCUAAAUGAGAUUUAA